AUCACACUCCCUCGUGGCAUCUGGAUUGUUGAAAGAAAAGCAAUCGAGGGAAACCUAAUUCUCCCAUUCCCGUCCGAUUAGAUUCGAAUCGUCCCCAAAACCACGCCUUGUCGCUUCCUCCGUUCUCGGUUCGAUCCCCCGUCGGAAGGGCAUGAGGCGCUCCUCCACCCGGAAGUCUGGCUCCGCCGCCGCUGUGAACCCCUCCUCCGGCUCGUCCUAUGCCUACCGCUCAGCUUCUGGUAAAGCUGUUUCGAAGGAAGUGGAACGCAUUGACAACCUAUUUUAUACAUACGCAGAUGCUUCGUCUGGCUUGAUCGACCCUGAAGGCAUUGAGUCUUUCUGUUCUGAUCUGGAAGUGGAUUGUACAGAUGUCAGGAUACUUAUGCUGGCGUGGAAAAUGAAAGCUGAGAAACAAGGAUACUUCACUCUAGAAGAAUGGCGUAGAGGAUUAAAAGCACUACAUGCUGAUACUAUAAGUAAACUGAAAAAGGCACUUCCGGAAUUGGAAAAAGAGGUGGCAAGACCAUCAAAUUUCUUAGUUUUCUUCUCGUAUUCAUUCCGCUAUUGCUUGACAGAAGAUAAACAAAAGUCGAUUGACAUUGAAAGUGCUUGUCAACUGCUUGAACUUGUACUAGGCUCACAAUACCGACUUCAAGUUGACAAACUUGUUGAAUACCUUAAAUCCCAACGUGAUUACAAGGUUAUAAACAUGGAUCAAUGGACAAGCUUUCUUAGAUUCUGUAAUGAGAUAAACUUCCCAUCUCUUGACAACUACGAUGAGGAGCUUGCAUGGCCCUUAAUUUUAGACAAUUUUGUUGAGUGGAUGAAGGGAAAGUGACCUUAAGGUUUUAAGGUGGACAGAUGCGGCCCUCAUACUUGGAGCUUGUUCAAGGGGACAUUUGUGUUGAUGCCUAAACCAGGAAAUACAUUUGCUUCUUGGCUAUCACGCAGAAAUCUGAGCGACCAUGAACACCAUUUCUCGAUAAAGAAACACCAUUGUUCUUAAUUAGGCAUCCUUGUUGGUUUUAUCUUUUGCCUCCUUGUAUUUGAUUUGCAAUAAAGAUGCUGAAGACAUUUCAACUCUAUAUCCAAUACACUGAAUAUAUCCUAUCGAAUUUCUUGUACUAAAUUAAA